UGGGAUGCUUUGAGUGCAAAUGACGCCGCAACGUGGGUGGUUUCGAACAAGCAAUGGGUGAAGAGGGUCACCACCACCACGGAGGCAGGUCAGAAAUGCCGUCAGCAGGCCAGUCAGCGGAACUGGAGUGGCGCUAUCAAGCCCACAUUUUUUGCUCCCAGGCCCAGUUCUCCAUCGCAAUCCGUUUCCAAUUGUUAUAUCCAAACGUGCCGUCGCUCAGGGUGCAGCCCCACGUACUAA